UUCCCCCAAACCCAGAAGUCCCAAGCAGCAACCUUUCCCACAGGGACGUGUUUGCAGCCUUCCCGCCCGCCUGGGUUCCCCUUCCAACACCUCCCUCCUGAGGGUCAGCCAUGAGCAGAAAUGAUCCCUCGUGCCCUCGAACCAGGGAAAGGGCAGACUGGCUUCCCUGGGCUGCCCCGGCCUUCUCACAGCCCCUCUCUCUGCCUGAACGCUAGCCGGCCCACUCUCCCCCCGUUCCGGACAGGGCCAAAGAAGCCCACUCUAAGACCCCUGCUGGAGGGCCCCCCUUAGGGCUGCGCAGCUCGGCUCUCCCUCCCCCAGCCUGACGUGAUCAUCCUUAUCACGUCCCCGGAAGAGAGUCCGGAGGGCAGGGUGCAAAGGCAGCGCCAGGCCUGGCUGCGAGCAAAGCGCCAGCUCUGGAAAUGGGGGCUCCCACUUGGGCUCCCCUGCGCCCCUGCCACCUGCUCCUCCUCCUGGGGAUCUUCCUCUUCCUGCUCUACCUCUCUAGCUGGCACCUCCCAGAGCUGUCCCUCUCUGCCUGUGUCUGGGGAGGGCAUUCGUGCCCUUGGCUUGGGGAGACGCUGCCCGAGGAGGAGGAGGAAAAAGAGGAGCAUGUCCCUGUGUCUGCCCCCACCAUGACCCUGAAGACACCCCUCCCUCUCUGGGGCGAAGAGUUUAACAUCAGGCACGUGCAAAGGGCUUUCAAAGACAGCCUCACCCCCAGGGGCGAAAUCCUCCUCCGGGAAUACCUCCACGGCUGGAGACAGCUGACCAAGUUUAUGGACGCGUUGGGGACCGCCUUUGGCCUAAUUUCUCAGGAAACUCAGUCUAAGAUCACCAUUAUGCAACAGCAUCAGGAUGGGCACCAUGGCCUCCACUACCGCACGGUGCAGUCCAUGGUGAACUUUGAGCUGGCCUCUGGCUUGGUGGGCUUCCAGACCCUGCCUGCCACGCAGCCUCCCUCCGGCUGCCGGACACUGCUGCGCCUUCAUCGUGCCUUGAAGUGGCUGGAACUUUUCCUGCACAAACUGGGGACCAGCCAGAAGGACGACAAACCUUAUCAGAUGUGUCUGGAUACCUACCGGGAGGCACUGGCCCCAUACCACAGCUGGUGGGUGCAACAUGCAGCUGCCUUGGCCUUCUUGGCCAUGCCUUCCCGCCAGGAGCUCUACCGUAUCAUCUUCACCAGGCAGGAGAAGCAGGCAGCUCAGGCCAUUGUCCUGACCACGGUAGAGAGCCUGGGCCGAGUCUACAACGUCACACAAGAUGUCUACUCUGCCCACGGGAUGCUGGAGCUGCCCUAAUGCCUCAGAACCCCCCCAGCCCCGCCUCCGAGCAGAGGCUGGAUUUCACUGCGAAGGACCGAUUCCGGGCCAGAGAUCUGCUCUCCCUGGCAGGAAGCAGUUCAAGAGGACUGUUCCUGCCCCACGGACAACCCAGACAGCAACCCACCUUGAAGUCCUGGAGGAAUACCCCCUGGAAGACAGCAGGGAUGUUGUUCUGAGGGGAGGGAGACCUGGCUGCGUUCCAGCCCUUUAAUCAAUAAAAUGCUCUUGGGAGAAUUUA